UCAAGAAGUUUUAGUUAUACGCAUGUUCUUUUUGUAAUUUUUAUCGUAGACCUAGCCUAGAAUUCAGGGUAGUGCCGGAUAUUUCAGCAAUAUUCCCGCUUUGCAUAUAAUCAUUAUACUCUCGUUUGUUGGCGUCAUUCAAACCAAGCAGCCACCAACUUUUUGGCGAUUGCGAGAUCAUGGUGUUUAUUCUGACGAAGGUGACAAGUUUGGUACCUAGGAGAGUGUCAAAGGGGUGGAUUUGCAAUGUUAAAUUGCCUAUAAAUGCAGUAGCAAGAGUGCUGGCUCAUGGACAGUACAGACUACAGACCACUAGUUCAGAGCAAAAUGCUUCAAUACUUCCAAGAAAGCCAAAGACAGGAGUACUGAUGCUAAAUCUUGGAGGUCCAGAGAAGACAGAAGAUGUUCAUGAUUUUCUGUGGCGGCUUUUUCUGGACAAGGAUCUGAUUCCCCUACCAGCCCAAAGUCAACUGGCCACAUUGAUAGCGCGACACAGGACUCCAGGUGUUAUUGAGCAGUACACAAAAAUUGGAGGGGGAUCCCCUAUCAGGAAAUGGACAGAGAUUCAGGGAAACGGCAUGGUAAAGAUUCUUGAUCACAUCAGUCCUGAGACAGCACCACAUAAGUUCUACAUUGGUUUCCGUUAUGCCCAUCCUUUGACAGAAGACACCAUUGAUCAAAUGGAGAAAGAUGGAAUUGAGAGAGCUGUGGCCUUCACACAGUAUCCCCAGUACAGCUGUUCCACCACUGGCAGCAGCCUCAAUACCAUUUUCCGCUACUACAGUGCACGUGGCAUGUCUGGCAACAUGGUCUGGAGUGUCAUUGACCGCUGGCCCACACAUCCUGGUCUCGUCAAGGCAUUUGCAAACAACAUACUUGAUGAGAUUGCUCUAUUUCCUCCUGAGGAUCAGAGUGAUGUGGUGAUUCUGUUUUCUGCUCACUCCUUACCCAUGAAGGUUGUCAACAGAGGGGACACUUACCCCAUGGAAGUGAGUGCCACAGUUCAUCGAGUGAUGGAAGAGCUAGGAGGUAGUCAUUCCUUCAGACUAGUCUGGCAAUCCAAGGUGGGUCCACUACCCUGGUUAAGUCCUCAGACUGAUGAGGCUAUUAAGGGACUAGUGGCACGCAACAGGAAAAACAUUCUCUUAGUGCCCAUCGCUUUUACCAGUGACCAUAUUGAAACACUCUUUGAGUUGGAUUUGGAGUAUGUGCAGCACUUGGGGGCUGAGGUUGGGGUGAAAAAUAUUAGACGGGCAGCUUCACUUAAUGACAAUGCUGUCUUCAUUCAGGCAUUGGCUGAUGUUGUGAAGAACCACCUUGCCUCAGGAACAGUAUGUUCAAAACAGUUGUUACUCCGUUGUCCUAUGUGUGUGAACCCUACAUGUGCACAAGCAAAGGAAUUCUUCCAUUCACAGCAAUCGUUGCUCGACCAGCAUCAUCAGGACAGACUGUACCAGGCCAGUACUUACUAGACACUGACUGCUGAACCUCACUGCUUACCAAUACUCUACAGAAAGUGACAAGAAGUACUUCAUAGAGACCAGCAAGCACCUGAAAGACAUUUUCGUGUUGAGAGUUUAUGUUGUAAGACCUUAGAGAACAAGUUUAUGUAGACAAGUAUAUAUAUAUAAAUUUUCAUAGUAAUAAAAGGGAAUAAUGUC